AUGAGUGUAACAUUAGAGGCAAAAAUUGAAUUUAAGAAAUUGUGUAAUAUAUUGGAGGAAAUCACAAAAGCACAUGCUUCUAAGAAAGCUAAUAUUUUAGAGAAAUUUAUCCAGCACUGUCGUAUUAUUAGUCAUAAAUUAAAAACAGAAUUUCCAGAUAUGCGUGGACCGCACAAUUUAAAAGAGAAAUCUCUUGCUAAUCUUUAUAUUCGUGUAUUUUGUUUGGGGAAACAUAGUAAAGAUGCACAUAAACUUAUACAAUACAAAGUUCCAACAACAAAGAAAAUCGCAGGACGCGAUUUUGCGGAAAAAGCUUAUUAUAUUUUACAAAAUCGUUUACCACGUGAAAGUUCUGAUUUUACAAUAGAACGAAUUAAUUUAUUCCUUGAUGAUAUAUCAUCACAAAAUAAAACUGUUCCAAUAGAUGAAAUGUUUAAGAUUUUAUUAGGAAAAACAAAUGCAUUGGAGUUCAAAUGGAUAACACGAAUUAUUCUGAAAGAUUUAAAGCUUGGUAUUAGAAAAAAGAGGAUAUUAGAAGUUUUUCAUCCUGAUGCAAAUUCACUUUUUGAUGUCUCAUCUAAUUUGCGUUAUGUCUGUGAUACAUUGUACGAUCCUCAGUUGAGAUAUCAUCACGAUAUUAAAGUUUUUUCUCAUUUUAAACCUAUGUUACUGGAGAGGUGCAGAAUUGAGGAUAUAGAGAAAUUAUUUAGUGAAGGAGAACAAUAUUUUGUACAAGCUAAAUAUGAUGGUGAACGAUCUCAACUGCACAUGAAAGAUGACAAAUAUAAAUACUUUACAAGACAAGGAUAUGAUAUUACAAAUAAUUCUGGUUAUGGAGAAACUAGUUCAUCAGGUUUUAUGAGUAGUGUAUUUGGUCGGCUGUUAAAUCCACAAAUUAAAUCGGUAAUACUAGAUGGUGAGUUAAUGGGAUGGCACAAAGAGAAGAAAGUGCUAGGCUCUAAAGGAAUGAGCUAUGAUGUUAAAAAACUCUCAAAAAAUAGUCAUCAUCAACCAUGUUUUGUUGCAUUUGAUAUUAUUAUGCAUAAUGAUGUUUUACUUGAUAAUGAAUCUUACGAAAAAAGAUUAGAAGUUUUAAAAGAUGUAUUCACAGAAGAAGAGGGCUGUCUUUUAUUGUGUAAAACGAUUAAAGUUUCCAAUAGUGAGGAGGUAUGCAAGGUAUUUAAAGAAUGCAUAAGGAAUAAAGAAGAAGGAAUAGUAUUAAAAAAAUGUGAUAGUAAAUAUAAGCCAAAUGUACGAGAUAAUAACGGUUGUUAUAAAAUAAAAGCUGAGUUUUCGGAUGAUUUGGUGCAAGAUGUAGAUUUAGUUAUUCUCGGUGGUUAUUACGGCGAUGGAAAAUUUAUGGGGUUGAUGAAAAGUUUUUUGAUGGGAGUAGCUUCUCCGCCAGAUAUUCUUGGCGAGAACCCCUUAAAAUUUAUGUCUGUAGUGUCAGUCAGUAAUGGGCUUUCUAUGGAUAUAUUGAAAGAAUUUUGGAAAAUGUUUGAGGACAAAUGGCAAACAGAGUGUCCCAAAAAUGUGGUUCCUCCUAGACUAGAUCCACCAAAUUUAUGGAUUAGUCCGGAGAAUUCUAUUAUUUUGACUGUACGAGCAACGGAGAUCACACAAAGUAACGAUUACCCAUUGGGAUAUAGUUUACGAUUUCCUAGAGUUAAGAAUGUUAGGACUGACAAACCGUGGUAUAGCGUUUGUACAACUAAUGAAUUGUUAUCAUUAAUUAAGGAUACCCGGCCAAUUCAGAAGUUAACAAAACGAGAAGUAAAUUAUGAAGAUAUAGAAAAUGCACCCAAAGUUAAAAUACGUAAAACAACAAAGCCACAUUUAUUAAAAUUUGAAGAAACACCAACAACAUCUAAUACCUUUAACAAUUCACCGAUUCAUCUUACCCGACUUUUCGAUGGUAAAGAAAUUUGCGUGAUAAAUGGCGAUGAUAAAUUACCUAAGGAACAGAUUGAAGAAAUUCUUUUGCAACACAAAGCAAAGGUUGUUCAAACCCCCUCAAAGGAAAAUUAUUGUGUUAUUGUUGGUAAUAUUAAAACGGCAAGAGCAAGUAGUAUCAUACAAAGUAAAAAGUAUGAUGUGAUGACGUUAGACUGGUUCAAACGGGUUACCAAAGAAGAAAAUUGGUCAUCGCUACAAGAUUUUCUACCAUGGGACUUGAUAUGUAGCUGUGAAUCAACGAAACAUCGCUUGGAACAAUUUUACGACGAUUAUUAUGAUCACUAUACUGUAGAUGCGGAUGAAGAGAGUUUGUUACGAUCCUUCAAACGAAUUGAAGAAACGGUAAAAAAUGUUGAACUUAAUUGCAUAGAAGCGAAAGAAAUAGAUGAAGAAUUAUUUGUUGAUGGAAUAUCACCCUAUUCCUUAUUUCGUGGUAUGGUGGGAUACUUUAAUGAUCAGUCAGAUUGUGCAAAGUAUGAAUUUCGUUUCAUGGCUGGAACUAUUAAAGAAACUGUCGACGACUCUGUGACACAUAUUUUUGUUAAUAAAAAUUCCAUCGAGUCUGAACUUCAAAAGUUGAUUGACGAUAAAUCACAGACAUCGUUAAUGAUCGUUAAAAGCGAGUGGAUCAAGGAGUGCUUUAAGCAAGAUGCAAUUAUCCCUUAUUCAGAGUACCUGAUUCAAUAAUCAUUAUAUAAUAUACAACAAAUUAUGUAUAUGUACAUAUGUGCAAUGAUUUUUAUGUAUCUAUAUUUUAUUCUGUACGGACAAAAUGAAU